UUGCUCUGCGUACUGCGUUCGCCGAGGGGGAGGGCGGAGCUGCCGGCGGCCCGGGCGGGCUGGCAGCUAGAGUGGGUGCGAGAGCCGCCUCCGCCUCUGCCGCCUCCGCCGUCGCCUCCUCCGCCCGGGCCGUUCGCUGCUGCGUGGGUAGAGCGAGGCGGGGCCGCCGGGGCCGCCAUGGAGCCCGACUCGGUGAUUGAGGACAAGACCAUCGAGCUUAUGUGUUCUGUGCCAAGGUCUUUGUGGCUAGGCUGCGCCAACCUGGUAGAGAGCAUGUGCGCACUGAGUUGCCUGCAGAGCAUGCCCAGUGUCAGAUGUCUCCAGAUAAGUAAUGGAACAUCAUCUGUGAUUGUCUCCAGAAAGAGGCCAUCAGAAGGAAACUAUCAAAAAGAAAAGGACUUGUGUAUUAAAUAUUUUGACCAGUGGUCUGAAUCAGAUCAAGUGGAAUUUGUGGAGCAUCUUAUUUCACGAAUGUGUCAUUACCAGCAUGGACAUAUUAACUCUUACCUGAAGCCCAUGUUGCAGCGAGAUUUUAUCACCGCGUUACCAGAGCAAGGCUUAGAUCACAUAGCAGAAAACAUUCUUUCCUACCUGGAUGCCAGAUCUCUGUGUGCAGCAGAGCUGGUAUGUAAAGAAUGGCAGCGAGUGAUCUCAGAAGGAAUGCUUUGGAAGAAGCUGAUUGAACGAAUGGUACGCACUGAUCCUCUAUGGAAAGGCCUUUCAGAAAGAAGAGGGUGGGACCAGUACCUGUUUAAAAACAGACCCACAGAUGGCCCUCCCAAUUCAUUUUAUAGAUCAUUAUACCCAAAGAUUAUUCAGGAUAUAGAGACUAUAGAAUCUAACUGGCGGUGUGGACGACACAACUUGCAGAGGAUUCAGUGCCGCUCUGAAAAUAGUAAAGGUGUCUACUGUUUACAAUAUGAUGAUGAAAAAAUUAUCAGUGGCUUACGAGAUAAUUCUAUUAAGAUCUGGGAUAAAACGAGCCUGGAGUGUUUGAAAGUGUUAACAGGGCACACAGGCUCUGUCCUCUGUCUGCAGUAUGAUGAACGUGUCAUUGUAACUGGCUCUUCAGACUCUACGGUGAGAGUCUGGGAUGUGAACACCGGUGAAGUUCUUAAUACAUUGAUCCAUCACAAUGAGGCUGUGCUGCACUUACGCUUCAGCAAUGGACUGAUGGUGACUUGUUCCAAGGACCGCUCCAUUGCCGUGUGGGAUAUGGCUUCUGCCACUGAUAUCACUCUACGCCGAGUCCUGGUUGGCCACCGUGCUGCUGUCAAUGUAGUAGACUUUGAUGACAAGUACAUUGUGUCCGCCUCUGGUGACAGGACCAUCAAAGUCUGGAGCACGAGCACCUGUGAAUUUGUGCGUACUCUCAAUGGGCAUAAGCGAGGCAUUGCCUGUCUCCAGUACAGGGACCGUCUGGUGGUCAGCGGAUCAUCAGAUAAUACCAUCAGGCUUUGGGAUAUCGAAUGUGGUGCCUGCUUAAGAGUCCUAGAGGGACAUGAAGAAUUGGUCCGAUGCAUCCGAUUUGAUAACAAGAGAAUUGUCAGUGGUGCCUAUGAUGGGAAAAUCAAAGUUUGGGACUUGCAAGCCGCUCUGGACCCUCGAGCCCCGGCAAGCACACUGUGUUUGCGCACGUUGGUGGAACAUUCUGGUCGUGUGUUUCGGCUACAGUUCGAUGAGUUUCAGAUCAUCAGCAGUUCCCAUGAUGACACUAUUUUGAUUUGGGAUUUCUUAAAUGUGCCUCCCAGUGCCCAGAAUGAGACACGUUCUCCCUCCCGAACAUACACUUACAUCUCCAGAUAACAGUCUGCACUUUCACCCUUUCCAGGGUUUCCUAGUCUUGAACUACUGGCUACAUGGCUACCAAAUGCCUAAGGGAGUUCGUUCACAGCUGAGUUAUGAAGCUGGAAUUGGUUCUAGACGCUGGGUAGAUGCAAAGCAGCCUCACUCUUCAAGUACCGACAUUUCUCACCUCUGAUCCCGGCUCUACUUUGAGAAGGAUACUUUAGCUUCACCGACUUCCAGUAGAACAGAAGCCCACUUCCUACCCCCAUCAGUGAAAAAAAUCUAAUGCUUCAAAUGUAAAUUGUUCAUAUAAAGGAACAUAACAGUCUGUUUUACAGAAGUAACUCAACCGUCAAGAGAAGACUUGGCCUCUAAUUUAUAAUGCUUUGCACUUUGGUUUGAUACUAAGAAGCAGCAUUCUUCUUCAGUGAAAUUUUGGGUGCCAAACACCUACCCAGAAUGUCCAGGGCUUUCCUUUCAGAAGUUAGCAUUCUCCUUUUGACUGUCCAAGUCAUUAUGAAUUUUGACUUGUAUUAGGGAUACAUAUGGUGGACAAUGGAAAACUCUCUCUGGAUUGUUUUAGUAAUAUUUUUUGGAUUAUACUUUCUUUCUGUACCAGUUUCUUUUAAUUUAAAGAACUAUAAGCCAGCUAUGUUAUCUCUCCAUAGGUAAGAUAGCUCUUUUCUUUUAUUAACUGUUCUCUGCUCCCAACCAUCUCCUGAUAUUUGGUAGAGUAACACCUUUAUCCAUGUGCUUGCCUCCUAAUUUAAAAUACUGUAUCCGCAUGUAGAUAUAAUGUACAUAACAGUUUAACCUCAAGGUUGCUGGAGUCAGGCCCCCUGUGCCUGAGACACUAAUGCAGAGUGUGUUCGCACUUAGCCAUGGGCUGGGCUCGAGAACCUGAUACCAGGGUUGAUGUGGAUGACCUAGAACCCUUCCUGCAGUAUUCAUAUGGUGUUUUUAUUUUGUUACUGUGUGUGUGUGUGUGUGUGUGUGUGUGGUGUGUUUUUAAUGGGAAUCUUGUUUUAAAAUCUAACUUCUAAAGUUUUAUCACAGAAAUGUUUUACUUGUUGUGUAAGAUAUGCAAUAGAGAGAUACCUUAAAUUUUUUUGUUAUUGUUUUCCUCAUAAGUACUUCUGAGUACUAGUGGUCACUUCCCGUAGUGUUCAUUCGGCUUCUUUGUCAAAAGCCAUCAUUCUGUGCAGGCGUAACCCUGAGAAGGGAAGAACAAGAAGGCCCCAUAGAUAGGGCCUCCUGCUCUGCUACAGGGCCAACUGGUGUGCUGGAGCCUGUAGAGCAGGUCAGGCUGCUACAGAGCUCCAUGUGGAGGGCAGGGUGCUCCCAAGUAGGGUGAAGCCUCAGGCCCAGGAGGCCCAUGCUCGCCAGCUCUGCUGUCACCUGUUGCUGUGGCCCCUGCAGGCUCUCAAAGCUCUCAAGUGCUCUGCAGCCCGAGCCUAGAAUGGCACUGUUGUUUCAAUCAUGCAUGGAAAGGAUGUUGCCAUUCGGUCAACAUUCCUUUUUUCUCCUUCAAUAUUAGGUUUUGAUUUGCCCUUGCCAUUGUUUCCAAAGAUCAAGGAAUGUCAAUCCCAUUUUAAAGGACCAAGAAGUCACCUCCUAUGAAUGCAGCCUCUUCCAGAAGAAGCACACUCUCCUCCUAGGAAAGACCCCUGGGCUCUGUUUGUCCUUUGCAUUGAGAAGGGUGUGGGGAUCAAUGUGUGUGUAUGUGGUUUGUUUGUUGAGUUGGCUUUGCUUUUUAAUUUUUCUUUUGCCUUUUUAAUUUUUCUUAAAU